AUGGCGCCCUCGACCAUAGUCUUCGAUUAUAGGGGCCAGAUAGUAGAUAACUGCGAGUUCUUCUUAGCCAAACAUGACGUCGUCUCCGUAGUCACUGUCAAGGACGUUCUAGGAGACUAUAAAGCAUAUGCAAUUCGGUCCAAUCAGAGCUCACGAGACGCACUUCUCUCCUCCGAACCCCGUGCUACCCCUCUACUUGCCGUAGAAUCUCUUCACACUAAGUCGUGCGAGGCCGUUCAGCAAUUCAUCUCUACCAAUGGGUUCUCCUUUCCACCCGACUUCAAGAAGACUAGAUUUGAUGAUGAUGACGACGAAGAUGAGGACGAGGAUGAGGAAGAUGGAAAUGACGAUGACGAUAUAGCUUCUAUCUUCUCUAAUAUCUUAUCCGAUCGUCCUGUACUAUCAACCGCGGCCCCGUCUUACAAGACAAGCUCGACUGGCGAGGUUAAAAUGACGCCUGCCACGUCCACGACCACCACGGUCCCCAUCACCCACGGCCGCGAGGUCAGAGACGAGAGAAGCAAUAACAUUAGCAAGCCCCGCACCAACCCGCCCCCACCAGGUCGCCAGUCCCCCGAAGCUUUCAUAUUCCCAAACAUCCGGCCUCCUUACACGCUAUCCCAGGCAGAAGAGCUAGUCAUGGAGCUUAUGAACGGCCCCCUAUCUAACAACUACCCGCGCUUCCCCGGCCCCCCUCCGCCACCGCCGCCGCCACCUCCCGGAUACAACACAGCCCCCAAACCCCAACCUGCCGUCCCCUCCUGGCCGCCCGCCGCGCGCGGCCCGUCCAUCCCCCCACCAGCAAACUUCACGCCUCAGGGUUUGCCCCAGGGCCUGCGCGGCUUACACAGAGGCCACCAGCCCCCCACCACCGCCGCCGCCGCCUCCUUCGCGCCGCGCCUAUACGACAUCGCGCUGACGAUACGGUGGCUAGGCCACGGCGAGGCGCGGGUGCUCGCCAGCUGCAAGGCCAGCGUGCAGGCGCUCAAGAACACGGCCGUCACGUACGUGACGCGGCACGCGGGGGCGUUCGACAGAGAAGGAGCGCCGCCGAAUAGGAACAAUCCCAAGUGGAUGGGCUGCGUACGGCUGCGGCGCGCGAGCAUUCGGAAUCUACACGACGAGGAGUAUGAUUUGAAUAUGGAGUUGUAUCAGGAUGACGACUUGACGCGGUUUUGUAGCGGGAGGGGCAUUCCGAGGUUUGAGGUAGAGGUGGAAGAUCAGGUGGAUGGAACGGUUUAG